AUGCUCACUCAACAUCAUCUGACAGCGGUAGCCGCCAUCAUAUCCUUCGCCCAUUUCAUCAACGCUAUUCCCACAACAUAUCCGCCGUCCCCGUACGCCCAAUCUGUCCUCUACUCCUGGAGUACUGAACCCGUUUGCACCACCACCGCUAGCGAAACCGACUGUACAACAGCUUACGCCGCUCUCUGUGCCCGCGCAGAACUUGGUGUAAGCGACAACACGACCGUGGGAGACUGUACGGCCUUCUACUGGUACGACGCUGGGAACACAAUUCCAACAGCCGCUGAAUGCACCGCUGCGUACACACAGAUCCUCGCGGUAUCGAUUGGAGGAGCGUUAGGGUACAAUGUCGAAAAGUCAAGGACUAAUGAUCCUCUUUACGCGAUAUAUCCGAAAGACGGAAAUGCAAAUUGCUUCAAGGCGGCAGGGGAUACCUCGCCAGUACUGGCAGUGGAUGCGUUACCUAAUGGAGGAGGAACUCUCACGACAUGUCCCGUGAGCACGAGUCGACGACGGCGGGCUAUAGAGGUGCUUGAGGGCCGGGACGAAAAUCAGAACGACGGUGUGAUUGAGUGUGCCAUUGAGGACGGGGUGUGGAAUGUUGUCUGCACGGGCGUUUGUCUCGCGGCGGUUACGUCUACGUCUUGGAUCACUGGACCAUUCGUUGCUGCCGGGUGGCUAGCUUGUUUGGGGGGGUGCGGUGCUACAGCGGCGAAGGUAUUCAACAACUGCGAGAAGGCGAAGGGAAAUACAGACCCAGAUGAACUUCUUCCACUGAACCCCUUUGGGAAGCGACAAGAAGCGACCGAGUCUUCCAAUCCAUGUGUCAACAUCAAGAAUUGGUCGUACCAAUGCCCGACUCAAGAGACGGAACUCUUGAGUGUAUUUUCUUGCCAAGGUACUAUCAACACGUAA